CCUGAUACCGGGGUCGGACCGCUCUCCCGCCCUUCCUUGAUACUACAUGUACGUGCCAAAAUGCUAGAUAACUUUCCGGAAAUAAAUAAUCCACUUAUGUUGUUUCUAAUUUUCUCGUGCGUAAUUAUUUUCUUGUUAUGAUAGAUGUCGCGUGCCAGAAUCGUCUCACAUCUGUGGGUGUUUCAACAUUCACCUGGCGUUGUGUAACUUGUUGAAUAGAUCUGUGAAAAAUUGUCACAAUUAUGCUUGACGAUCUGAUCCUCAGCAGCUGUCCAGAGCAGCAGUCUCGACUCUACCAUACGAGAACAUGUAGGACUACGGUGUACUGAAAUACGACAUAUCUCUUGUUUAAUUAAUGUUAUACCUCUAAGUUUACACCGCUGGAUUUUGAAACAGGGAAAGUUGCACAACUUUCAUCAUGACGGAAGAUCUGGCCGAGGAACUAAGUGUCAUUCAGGCAAUCUAUUGUCGACAAGGAGAGUGUAGUAUAAAUGACUUGGGGAACUGUCCAGAACUCAUGGUCAGGCUACAGAGGGAUGGGGAAAUAACUCCUUCAGCCACUGUAGUGAUGCAGUUCUCAUCUCUGUAUCCUGAACAACCACCCACAAUAUCCUGUCAGUCACAGAACAGGUCGUGGUCAAGGCAACUAGUUACACGCCUCACUGAGCUAGGCAAACAGCUACAAGGAGGCCCCAUGGUCAGUGAGAUACUGAAUCAGGCUCAGGAGAUAUUGGACCAGUUGAGAUCAGUGGGGGAAAAUCAGGACACAGCCUCAACCACAGGCAUCGAUGGAGGGACAAGUGAAGCCAAGAGGGAGGGCCCAGUGUCAUCUAAUGAAGCCCAGGGGGAGGGGCCUGUGUCAUCUAAUGAAGCCCUGAGGGAGGGCCCAGUGUCAUCCAGUGAAGCCCAGGGGGAGGGGCCUGUGACGGCUCUCUUGAUGCUGGACCACAUGCGCUCUAAGGUCCGCUACACCCACACAAUCCUGAAGUGGGCCACUGGUCUGGCCCUGGCCGGUUGUCUACUGUUUGUAGGAAAGUUCAUCUUCAUUGUCCUUCAAGGUCAUGCGGCAAAUGUCAAGGAAUACAUAAAGUUACAAAGAAGCAGUAAUGUAGAUGUCGACAGUCGUGGGAAGAAAUGCAAGGAGAGAAUGAUGUCUGUUCUCCAUCAGGGAAUCCUCCUGGGAAAAGGAUUCAAGGACUUCAGUGUUAUUGAGUGCUCAAACCAGCAAGAAGUUCAGGAAAUAUUCCGGAGGACAGAGUUAGUGCCCUUGUAUGAGGAUCACAUUGUACCACGUCUCAGACUUUAUAUACCACCCCAAUCACCAAGUGAUUAACCUAGACAAGUUUUGUUAUCCUCCAAUUGAUUUUGGAAUUUGAAUAACCUAGACAAGUCAAGCAGAGUUUUGUUAUCCUCUGAUUGAAUUUGGAAUAUCAAAAAUCAAUUUUGAAUGAAGUCUGUGAUAGUGGUAAAAAAAAAAUUCAGAAAAUUUGGACCAAGAAAUAAAAAUUUGCUUAUGAUGAGAUAACAAUUCUUUUGGUCUAAAUGUUUUGGAAGUUGCAAUGACUGAAAGCGAGGCAUCGUUGGUGAAAGAAAAAGUACAGAAAUGGCAAUCAGCUGGAGGACAAUGACCAGCGAGUGGACGUCUUGAAGCAACAGAGUGUCCUUGACCUAGUUAUCUGUCCUUGACAAUUUUGUGUUCUGUGAAACAGCUGGUACACUGUGGGGAAUGACAUAACUUGGGUAACAAUUGAGACUCCAGGCUUUCUGUCUGUAUGCAGGCAGUUAACCAGGAACUGAACAUUCAAGGAGGACAACUCCAGCAUAUCUAAAAUAUCCUUCAUAAAUGGGGAGUUAAUGGAUUUCCAGCACUUUAAUGUGGACUGUCUUGUAGAUAAAGAAAGAAAUUGAAGUCAGAGAUAGUCUAAAGGUUCUAAGAAAUGGCAAGCCUGCUUCUAUAAUGCCUUUGUGGAUUCCAGUGUGAUAUCAGACGGUGACCCACCCCUUGGUUUGUCAGUUUGAUCCACACCUCAUGUGAUUGGUUGGAUCCCUGCAGUCUGUUCCACUGAUAGAGACCAGAGGCAGAUAAGACAUGCUUCACUCCUGUACUAGUGCUUUACUCCAUGGUACCUACUGAACCAAACUAACAGAUUUCCAUAUGUCACAACUUUGAUGGAUUCUCGUUUGUCACUGGCUCAUCAAGAAAAUGACACAGUUUACUGUGGCUGUUAUUAGGAUGGGGCUGUACACAGCUACGGUUGGUUGGAAAUCUGGAUCGUUGUCGAACUGAGGCCACGGAUGACCGGAGUCAGAGCCCAAGGUCCAGUGUGUGAUGGGAAGGUGUACUAAACUUGUAAUUAAGUGUGUUUAAUUGGGAGAGCCUGGCCGUCCUUGUUAUCAUCUGCUGUGGGCCAAGGUAAUCCACAGCUCUGUUCUUGGUUGACGUCUGGGAGGGAGUUUAACUUUAUCUUCUGACCGGCCCAGUCCUGUGGUUCUGGGUGGGAGGAGUGGAUCGGGGUGAUUCUGUGGGGGCGGACUGUGAGGAGGGAACUGUAAAUAACAGCUCAGUUACCGACAGACUACCCACUAAACUAGUAUCGCUCUCCAGGAGAGGAUAAAAACUUCAGUUGUGUGAGCCGAGUAGGAAUUGUGAGGAGUUAUAUUCUGAGGAUUAGAGUUACAGAUAGGCGGACGGACAGACAGGACGGC